UAGGUAUUUAAAAUUGCGUAUCUUUUCAUAACUAUCUUUAUCUGUUGAAAAAAAAGCGAGAUGAAAACAGUGAAAUAAUAAACACUAUGUAAAACUUUUAUUUAGAAUCAUAUGAGUCUAUGUAAUUUCGCCAAUUGUGAAGUUCGCCAAUUGUAUAUUUGUCGUUGGCGAACUUCCUCACGAAAUUCGCCAAUUGGCGAAUUACUAGUGGGACAUUCGCCUAUUUGGCGAAUUACUAGUGGAUGUUCGCCAAUUGGCGAAAACUACAAUUGGCGAAACCAUGAAUUGGCGAUAAGAUAUUACCCCAAUCAUAUAUAUGUAAAUUAA